UAAAGAACAUGAACCGGGGCAUAUUUCAAGACAUUUCUAGAAGAGAAACAAAUACAUUCGACUCCAACAGAUUUUAUGAAAAAUAUUUAUUCCCGCAAACUGCUAAAAACUUCCCCAAAAAGUUUCAAAAUCGACAAUCACCUAAAUUUCUGCCUAAACGGCAACAAUUUGGGAGAAAUAUUGCAGAUCACCAUCAUAAACUGAAUGAACGAAAUCGAUUGUACAAGAACAACUAUGAUUAUGAUUUCAUAGCUUAUAGUAAAUAUAUAUCAGAYUCAAAGUCUCGGAAUAUAGACGAGGAUGAACAGCCAUGUUCUUCAUGUGGUGGCAAGAGUAAGAAGCCUCCCACAAAAACUGUCGGCAAUAUAAUGACUAGGAAUAUUAAAUGUAAUUGCAAAGGAUAUCAACAUGAAUGUCUAUGCAGCUCGAAAAAAGUUCCGCGCUCAUUAUACGAUACCUGGUAUUCAGUCUUCAACAUGAAUGCGCCCUUGCCGUUCCUAACAACGAAAUUGAGAAUAUUCCACAAAAAGAAAAAUAUUUGGUUCCAAACUGUUCCAUCAAUAACGCUGAGCAGCUUAUCAGGAACCUUUGUCAACACGAAUCUCUCGAUUUUGUUCUCAUCCCAUGUGGACAUAAUUCAGUUGGAAAAAUCUCUUCUCAUACAAAAGCAGCGAUUACUCAUACCUCAGGAUGACAUGAAUGGAUUUCAGCGAAACGUAUCAGAUAAAAUUAGUGGAAAUAAUCUGGACUCGAAUCAAAUUUCUCCUGAAAAUGAAAAGUUAGCGUGCCACCCUAUCGAUGGUCAACACUUAUUUUUACAGCAAUGUCCGUAUUCUGCAGACUCAAAAGAACGUCUUAACAGAAAAUCUUUAAUAUCAUUUGUAAAGACAAUUGCUGAUUUAGGCUAUUUUCCAACAAGUGUCAAUAUAUUAGAUCGAUGUCUAAACAACUCAACUAGACUUUGUUUGAAUAUGUUGAGUGACAAAGUUCCAG